CAUUUUCCCUAGACCUGCAGGUGCUUUCCUGGACAUCUGGAUUUGGGAAGGAUUGGCUUCAGCUGUCGGUACAACAGAGGCAUCGAAGGCGGCCCUCCUCACUCAACUCUGGACCGGCGUGGAAGGCUGGAGGGGUGAAGCGAAAGGGGAAAGCCGAGCGGAGCGCACGGUGCGGCAUCGCCCAACUGUUUCUUUGAGUUGAUGCAGUGUCACAGAAAUAAGAAAAUUCCGGAGGGAGGAGAUCCAGCCUUGAGCACCUUCGGACUCAUUUCCUCUUUGACUAGCUUCCGUGUAAGACCCUCAAUCCGAAACAUUGUGCCUCGGCUUCAGGGGCUCCCAGACGCCUCAGUGGCCGAGUCUUGAUACCAGUCUUUUAGACACACCUUUAGAAGCUCCCCGUGGUGGCACCAUGUUCUCAUGUGACAUUUGUGGUGAAACAGUAACUUCUGCACCAGACAUGAAGGCGCACCUCAAUGCCCACUUGGAAAAUGGAGUGAUCUGCCCUUUUUGCAAGUUGUCAGGAGUGAAUUAUGAUGAGAUGUGUUUUCAUAUUGAAACUGCUCAUUUUGAGCAGAGUGAACUUGAAAGAAACUUUCAGCGGAACCAUACAAUGCAGUACAGAACUUCAGAUAACAAAAGAGACAAUACCCUACAGUGUAGAAUGGAAGUGAAUUCACGUCUUCCUUCCGCUUGUGCAUCUAAUCAUCCGAGAAGCUCAGCUCAAAACCUGUCUAAGGAUGGUGCUUUAAAACACAAAACCUGUUGUUCAGAGAACUUAACUGAGUCGAGAAAAUUCCAAAAAAGUAGGGGAAAACAAUCUGACAGAACCAAAAUAAAAGGACCAAUUUAUGAAACGAUGUAUGGCCCCCCUGAAUGUCCAUUCUGUGGGAAAAUAGAAAUUUGUAGUCAAGAUAUGGAAACUCAUGUGAAAACAAAACACGCCAAUCUUUUAGACACCCCUUUAGGAGACUGCGACCAGCCACUCUAUCACUGCCCAAUGUGUGGGCUCAGCUGUACAAAUUACCAUAUUCUUCAGGAACAUGUUGACUUGCAUUUGGAAGAAAGCAACUUUAGACAAGGCAUGGAUAGUGUCCAGUGUUCUAGAGAUCUAGAAUUGGCCCACCAGCUUCAACAAGAAGAAGACAGAAAGAGGCACUCUGAAGAGUCAAGACAAGAAGGAGAAGAAUUUCAGAAGCUGCAGAGACAGUAUGGUUUAGAUAAUUCUGGAGGAUACAAACAACAGCAACUCCGAAAUAUGGAAAUAGAAGUCAGUCGGGGAAGAAUGCAUGCAUCAGAAUUUCAUAGAAGAAAAGCGGAUAUGAUGGAAUCAUUAGCUAUCGGUAUUGAUGAUGGGAAAACAAGAACUUCUGGAAUCAUUGAAGCCCUUCAUAGGUAUUACCAGAAUGCUGCCGCAGAAGUGAGGCAGGUGUGGCUUUCUGCAGCGGUGGAUCACUUUCAUUCUUCCUCGGGCGACAAAGGAUGGGGUUGCGGCUACAGAAAUUUCCAAAUGCUCCUUUCAUCGCUGUUACAAAAUGAUGCUUAUAAUGAUUGUUUAACAGGUAUGUCAAUUCCUUGCAUUCCUAAAAUUCAGACUAUGAUUGAAGAUGCUUGGAAGGAAGGGUUUGAUCCACAGGGAGCCUCUCAACUCAAUAAUAGGUUACAAGGGACAAAGGCCUGGAUUGGAGCAUGCGAAGUCUACACACUUCUGACCUCUCUCGGAGUAAAGUGUCACAUUAUUGAUUUCCAUAAGUCAACUGGCCCUUUGGGUACGCACCCCCGAUUAUUUGAGUGGAUAUUAAACUACUAUUCUUUAGAAAGGGAAGGAAACCCAAAGGUGGUGUGUACAUCUAAGCCUCCUAUCUAUCUUCAGCACCAAGGUCAUAGUAGAACAGUUAUUGGUAUUGAAGAAAGGAAAAACCGCACAUUAUGUUUACUGAUACUUGAUCCGGGAUGUCCUUCUCGAGAAAUGCAGAAACUAUUAAAGCAAGACGCUGAGGCGAACAGUCUCAAACAACUUCGGAAAUUUGUGGGAAAUUUAAAACAUCAGCAGUACCAGAUAGUGGCAGUAGAGGGUGUUCUUUCUCCAGAAGAGAAAGUUGGUGACUGAGUCGGGAUGCACUAGUGGCAGUGAGUUUGGAUUUGGGGCUUAUGUGUAUUACUUCAUUGACUCCACAGGACACCCUGGUAAGGUAGGCACCGGACAGAGCAAACGCUGAGGCACAGAGAGGUUGGAUUCCUACCACCGCGCAGCUAUUAAGUAGCAGAGUCAGGGUCCAAGUUAGUUUGCACACAGAAUCCUGAUCUCUAUUGCUUCUUCUCUGAGAAUGCAAAGCCUUAUAGUUUAGCAUUUGUUAAAAUUUUGUGGGAAUAAAUAAAUUUUAUUUUAAAAUAGAGAAUUAUGAAAAAUGAACAAUUUAUCAUACCUUAGUUUUACAUUUUGACUUCAGGACUUUGUUCUUAUUUUUAAAUUUUUUAUCUAUAUCUAAAAGUGAUUCUGACCAGUUUUACAUUAUUUUAUACAUUGUGAAAAUUCAGCAAAGAUAAGAGUACUAGUUUAUAUACAGGUCAGAUAGAAAUUUACAAGUUUAACAAAAAUAGAAUUGUAACUUUACAUUUGUUUAGUUUUUAUCUUGUUUUUGAAAAGUAUUCUUUUCCUAAAU